AUGUAUCUUAUAAGAAGGCAACCACAUACUCAGCUGGAGAAUGGCCCUUCAGAACGAGUUGCAAAGGUUGGUGAACUCAGAGCUGCUCUUGGACCUCUAUCUGGUCGUAGUUUACAGUACUGCACUGAUGCUUGCUUGAGGAGAUAUUUGGAAGCUCGGAAUUGGAAUGUUAACAAGGCAAAGAAAAUGCUGGAAGAGACCCUGAAGUGGAGAUCAACUUUUAAGCCUGAAGAAAUCCGCUGGCACGAAGUAGCACAUGAAGGCACUACAGGUAAAAUCUCAAGAGCAAAUUUUCAUGAUCGAUCUAGGAGGACUGUUCUUAUAAUGAGGCCAGGGAUGCAGUCCACAAAAUGUACUGAAGACAAUGUCCGCUAUAUGGUCUAUCUUUUAGAAAAUGGAAUCCUUAACCUUGCUGAGGGUGAAGAACAAAUGUCAUGGUUGAUAGACUUCACUGGAUGGUCCUUGAGCACCAAUAUUUCUCUCAAAAUUUCCCGUGAUUGCAUCAAUAUUUUGCAAAACCAUUAUCCCCAAAGGCUGGCCAUUGCAUUCCUUUAUAACCCACCAAGAAUUUUUGAGGCAUUCUGGAAGGCUGUCAGGUACUUCUUGGAUCCAAUAACUUUCAAGAAGGUGAAGUUUGUUUACCCAAAAAAUAAAGAUAGUUUGGAGCUCAUGCAGUCUUACUUCGAUAUGGACAAUCUUCCAAGCGAGCUUGGAGGGAAAGCCUCCCUCAAGUACGACCAUGAGGAGUUCUCACGGCAGAUGGUGGAGGAUGAUGUAAAAACUGCAAAGUUCUGGGGAUUUGAUGACAAGUCAAGUCACAUUGCUAAUGGCCAUUUACCGCAGCUGGCACCACUGCCAGCUCCUCUUGCAAUAACAGCUAGCUAA